AUGGCGGAGCCGCACCCAGUGGUGGAGCACCUCCUCGACGUCUUUGGGUAUAGAGACACAGUGGGUCCCACUGAGCUGUAUGCUGCCUUCAAAGACUAUCAAAAGGAUGUUCGCCUGUGUCCCGACACCUGUGACGAGGCUGCCGUCUCUGCGUUCCUGCAGUGGUUCAUGGAACGCUCUGAUCCAGCUACAGGGGAGGAGUCUGACCAGCUGCUCCUGGACCUUGUCUCCGACAGCAGCAGCGAGGAGGAAGACCAGGAGGUGUGCGAGGUCCAGGCAGAGUCUCCCUGGCGCACACGGUCACCCCUUAGCGAGGGCGGGCGGGGCCGCAGCCACGAUGCCGACGACAUCAGCCUGGACGCCGAAGAUGUGGCUCCCCACUUCUUUCCACGGCCCACACAAGCUCGCGCGCGGCACCGGCACCUUCUCUUCGAGGCGAGCAGCGCUCAGGACCACCGCACUCCGCACUGCCCUCCCCGCGGCUCGCCCCGAGGAGCAGCCGGGCAGACCGCCCCGAUCUCACGCAGCCUCACGCCGCAGGAACAUGCGAUGGACAUGCUGGACUUUGCCAACUGGAUGGUGUUUGGCAACCAAAGCUUUCGUCCCCGGCAGCGGGACAUCGUGGAGGCGGCUCUCAGCGGCCGCGACUGCUUCGUCCUUAUGUCGACAGGUGGAGGGAAGUCGCUGACCUACCAGCUCCCGGCCGUGCUGUCCAAGGGGCUGACUGUGGUGGUGACGCCGCUGCUCUCCCUGAUGCAAGAUCAGGUCCAGGCGCUGUGCAUGCUGCGCUGCGGCGGCGUGCCCGCCUCCUACCUGUCCUCCCAGCAGGGCGUAGUAGAGACCAGGGCGGUCUUCAUGGAGCUGGCCAAACCAAACCCCAGCCUGAAGCUGCUCUAUGUCACUCCUGAGCAGUUGGUCAAGGGCGAGCGGCUCAAAGCUGCCCUCACCUCCUUGAGCAACAGGGGCCACCUCAGCCGCGUCGUGGUUGACGAGGCGCACUGCGUCUCUGCCUGGGGCCAUGACUUCAGGCCAGACUACAAGCAGCUGGGCCUGGUACGGUCGGCCUGCUUCCCACACACGCCUCUCAUGGCCCUCACAGCCACUGCAACGCCCGAGGUGAGGAAGGACAUCCUGUCCUCCCUGCGCAUGCGUUACGUCUGCAAGUUCGUGGUCUCCUUCUUUCGCCCCAACCUGACCUUCAAGGUGAUCCAGAAGGACUACAAGCGGAACGAGGAGUCGAUGCUCCCCGGCUACCUGCACCACAUGCUGGAGUACAUAAUGUCCCGUGGCGAUGCCACCGGCAUCGUGUACUGCCUGUCCCGCGACGAGUCGGAGGGCGUGGCGGCCGCCAUCCGCGACUGCACGGGCACCAGCGCUGCGCACUACCACGCGGGCAUGACCCCCCGAGCGCGCAUGCAGGUGCAGAACGACUGGCGGCAGGGGCGCGUGUCCGUGGUGGUGGCCACCAUCGCCUUUGGCAUGGGCAUCGACAAGGCGGACGUGCGGUACGUGCUCCACUUCUCCCUGUCCAAGGCGCUGGAGGGGUACUACCAGGAGGCGGGCCGUGCCGGGCGCGAUGGCCUGCCCUGCGAGUGCGUGCUGUACUACGCGCGCAAGGACGUGCCACGCAUCGUGCAGCUGCUGCACCACGGCAAGCGCUCCAAGGCCCAGUUCCAGCGCGAGAUGGAGCUCCUGUCCCAGAUGAGGGACUACUGCGAGGAGGAGAAGCAGUGCCGCCACGCCCGCCUGCUGCGCUACUUUGGCGAGGAGUGGACACAGGAGCGGUGUGGGGAUCGCUGCGACAACUGCCUGCCCAAGCCCAAGCCCACUGCCAAGGGUGGGGGUGCGGCGCAGGGGCCGCAGGGCGCCACCAAAGCGACCCAGCUCAAGCGCAAGGGGAGGGAGGCACUGUCGGACGUGGGCUUCCGCAGCGCGGCGGCCCUGCUAGCCGACGCGCCGACCCCCGUCCCUGCGGUGUCAAACUCGCGAGGGGCGGCGGCCAUGGCCAAGGCCAAGGCGGCGCGCAGCGGGAACGAGCGGCCGGGCAUCGCUGCCUUCCUGAGCAGGGGCCCUGCGAUGGCGGGCCCUCCUCCAACCAGCGGAUGA